AAUAAUUUUGUUUGGAAAUGAUAAAUCUAAUAUGUUUGGAUAAAACUGUAUUGGAAGGAGAUAUACUAUACAAGUAGAUGAGCUUGAGGUUGAGGGUGUAUCAAACCCUAUCUGCCGUCCAAUGUAAAGCAGUAGUAAACGUGCAAAGGCCCAACACGCCGAUACCCCAAGGUCCAAAAGCAUCACCAUCUCAAACUCAAUUCCUGCGAACUUCUUCUUGAUCGCACAAAAAUCCACCCAAAGCUUCGUUCUCUCCACCCAAAGACAUCGGAAAACCAUGCCGUCCCCCACUUCCCUUUCCUCCACGAAGAGACUUCUCCACUUCUUCCUCCUCCUCCUCCUCGUGGGUUCCGCCCUCGCCCGGAACCGCCACGUCAUCACCUUCGGCUCCCCGGGCCUCGCCCCGGUCGGUCUCGCCUGGGACCCUACCGCCCAGCACUUCCUCGUCGGCUCCCGCCUCCGCCCCGCCGUCUCCUCCGUCUCGGACGCUGGCGUCGUCGAGACCCUCCUCUCCGAUCCUCUCCUCCCCCCAGACUCCUCUGCCCCCGCCCUCGCCGUCGACAACCGUCGCCGCCGCCUCCUCGUCGCCUUCGCCCGCCCCGCCAGCCUAGCCGCUUACGACCUCCGAUCUCCCCGCCCCCACCGCCGAAUCUUCUCCUCCUCCCUCCCGGACCCCGCCGCCGUCCCUGGAGGCAUCGCCAUGGAUUCCACCACCGGGGACGCCUUCGUUACCAGCGCUACCGGGAACCUGAUCUGGAAGGUAGAUCUUGAUGGGAAUCCAACCGUCUUCUCCAAAUCGCCGAUCUACUUCCCACAGGAGUCCGCCGGCGAUGAGGAUCGGCCGGAGGCCGCGACGGCAGAGGGGGGAUUGGGAGGUGUGGCGCACGUGAGCUGGGGUUUCCUGCUGGCGGUGCAGGGGAGCACGGGGAGGGUGUUCAAGGUGGACGCGGAGUGGGGUGCAGCGCGCGCAGUGACGGACGCCGGGGCGAAAAAGGGGCUGGCGACGGAGGCGGAGGGGGUGGCGGUGAGGAGCGACGGGGGGGUGGUGGUGGCCGGAGGGAGGGCGGCUCGGUGGCUGACGAGCCAGGAUGGGUGGGCGGUGGCGGCGGUGUACGACGAGGCGGCGGUGGAGGAAGGGCGGGCGAGAGCGGUGGCGGUGCGGGAGGGGAGGCGGGUAUACCUCCUGGUGACGCCGGAGGAAGAAGAAGACGGGGGUAAUGGGAAGGGCGAUGAUGGAGGGUAUGAGGGGAAGAGGAAUAGAAUAGAAGAGGUGGAGUGGAGGAGGGAAAGCGAAGAGGACAUGGUGUGGGUGUUGGUGCUGGUGGGAUUGGGCCUGGCUUAUUUCUUCUACUGGAGGUUUCAGAUGGGGCAACUGGUCACCAACAUGAACAAGAAAAGGGCAUGAACAAGUUAAGGGGAAGGUAGAGAGAGUGUGUACAACUAUAUAUUACAUUCAAGUUAUCAUUUCUUUCUUAGUUAUUGGAUAGGAAUGUUCCACAUUUUUUGUUUUCAUGAUCUAUGAUCUUUGCUAAGACUGUCAUGGUAGUGAUUGAUGAAUUCUUUUGCCUUUUCAGUUUUUCUUUACCACUCCUUUUUGAGGUUAAAUGGAUGGAACUACCCUUUGGAUAUAUGUUAACACCUUCUCUUUCUUUA